AGAUAGACAAAUGAAAAGCAAAUAAAUAUUUUUGGAGAGUGAAAACUGCUAAGAACAAAGGAUCAGGAAGCUAGUGAGUGAAGGUGAUAAGAUGUGCUAUUUAGAUAGAAUUAAGUCAGGCCUCUAGAGGAGAUAGCAUUUGAAAAUAACUGAGUGAUGCAAGCAGUGUGAAGAUGUGGAGAAGAGCACUGCAGGCAGAGGGAACAGAAAGUAGUCAAGAAAGCAGGCCUUGAGUAAACAAUGAGUGAGGAGGAGGCUGCCAGUAGGUUCUACCGAUUAGAUUAUAUAGUGCCUUAGAGGCCAAGGUAAGGGAUUUGGGCUAUUACUAGUGUGCUAGGAAAUCACUGGAGGGUGUUCAGCAGAGGAGAGAUGUAAUAUAAUUUAGGUUUAAAAAACAUCACUGUAGUUGCUGUGUGGAGAAUAGACUCUCGGGGCAAGACUGGAAGCACGGAGACUGAUUGGAAGCUACUGCAAUGGUGAGGCAUGUCUUGAGGGUAUAGAUGGUAGUGUUUGCUGAUGAACUGAAUAUUGGAAGUAAGAACAAGAAGAAAGAAGGAUAAUGCUCAGGUUUUUGGCCUGAGCAUGUAGGUUUGCAAGUCUGGACUGGGCAGUGACCUCUGGGUUCGCCACUCCAGCCUGGUGUAUAUCCUCUGGCUCCAUGGCCAACUACUGGCUCCUACAGACCGGAUGAAGCAGACUAGAGACACAAGUGGAGAAAGCCUCCAGCUGGCAAUUUCUCAGAGUGUAGUCCUCUGGCUGCUGGCCGGGCCCAGCCUGCCUCAUGGAGAGGAUGAACUGGCUAAGCAGACUGGCCUCCCGAGGUCCUGGGCACCGUGUACCUCAAGGGGCUAGUCUGCAGACCCCUGUCAUGGCUGAUCCUGAGACCUGCCUCAUGGUCUUCAAGAAUCACUGGUCGCAGGUGGUGCGAAUCCUGGAGCGGCAAGGCCCUCGGGCAGCUCCUGGGGGUGCAGAUGAUCUCAGUGCUGUGUGCAACCACACUUAUCAGAUGCUGACACUUCUGGCAGAGGAUCGUGCAGUCCCCUCAGCCCCCACAGCCCCUGGGCCCCUGCUGGAGUUUGCACUGCGCGAGGAUCUGCUAACCCGUUUGUUGGCAUGGCAGCUUCAGUGGGAUGACUUUGGGGAUGGGGUUGAGGAACGGCGGGCUGAGCAACUGAAACUAUUUGAGAUGCUAGUGAGUGAAGCUCGCCAGCCGCUGUUGAGGCAUGGUCCAGUUCGUGAGGCUCUGCUGACCUUGCUGGAUGCCUGUGGCUGCCCUGUGCCCAGUAGCCCAGCACUGGAUGAAGGCCUGGUGCUACUUCUCAGCCAGCUGUGUGUGUGUCUGGCCCGGGAGCCUUCAUUGCUCGAGCUCUUCCUGCAGCCACCUCCUGAGCCUGGAGCUGCCCCCCGUCUUCUCCUCUUUUCUCGCCUUGUCCCCUUCGUCCAUCGAGAGGGCACCCUGGGCCAGCAGGCCCGUGAUGCCCUACUCUUGCUCAUGGCUCUGUCAGCUGGGAGCCCCACUGUGGGCCGCUACAUCGCAGAUCACUCUUACUUCUGUCCGGUGCUGGCCACAGGGUUGAGUGCCCUGUACUCCUCGCUGCCUCGAAAGAUUGAGGUUCCAGGGGAUGAUUGGCACUGCCUGCGACGGGAGGACUGGCUGGGAGUGCCAGCCCUUGCACUCUUCAUGAGUUCCCUUGAGUUCUGCAAUGCAGUCAUUCAGGUGGCUCACCCUCUGGUACAGAAGCAAUUAGUUGAUUAUAUCCAUAAUGGAUUUCUGGUUCCUGUCAUGGGCCCUGCCCUGCACAAGACCUCUGUGGAGGAGAUGAUUGCCAGUACUGCCUAUCUGGAGCUUUUCCUACGGAGUAUAUCAGAGCCUGCCCUGCUCCGAACUUUUCUGCGAUUCUUGCUGUUGCACCGGCAUGACACCCACACCAUCCUUGACACCCUUGUUGCCCGUAUUGGCAGCAACUCCCGGCUCUGCAUGGUCUCUCUGAGUCUCUUCAGGACCCUCCUGAAUCUCAGUUGUGAGGAUGUCCUGCUGCAGCUGGUUCUCAGGUAUCUUGUCCCUUGUAACCAUGUGAUGCUGAGCCAGAAACCAGCUGUGCGCGAUGUGGACCUAUAUGGACGAGCAGCGGACAAGUUUCUAUCCCUAAUCCCACGUUGUUGUCGGCACCAUGCCCCCAGCCCACCCCGUCCAGAGCAUGCCUCGUGGGCACGAGGUGGGCCUACCAGAGAGGCAGGGAGAAGGGAGGACACCACGGGCCCUGGAAGCCCCAGUGUUGAUUCUUCUUCUGUGGUGACAGUGCCCCGGCCGUCCACGCCAUCUCGUCUGGCCCUCUUCCUCAGACAGCAGAGCCUGGGCGGCUCUGAGUCUCCAACCCCAGCCCCUUGCUCACCAGGGCUUGCUGCAUCCCCAGCCUCCAGCCCUGGCCGACGGCCCAGCCCUAUGGAGGAGCCUGGUGAGCUGGAAGACAAUUACCUGGAGUAUCUGCGUGAGGCGCGUCGUGGUGUGGACCGCUGUGUCCGAGCCUGCCGUACCUGGUCUGCCCCCUAUGAUGGCGAGCGGCCCCCUCCUGAGCCCAGUCCUGUUGGCUCCCGGACUAAGAAACGCAGCCUGUUAACUGAGGAGGACAGGGACAAUGUGGGAGAUGGGGAGGAGGAAGAGCUGGGGGUUGGGGGGCUUGCUGGGGGUGCAGGGGAGGGCCCCGGCCACCUGCCCCCUCUCCAGCUCAAUGGGGUGCCAGGACUGUGGCCUGAAGGGGCCAAGAAGGUUUGUCGGGUGCCACAGGGGGGAGCUGGGGAACUGCUAGAGGGUGUCUCUGAGGGCAUGGCAGGACUAGAGGGCUUUGGGCAGGAGCUCCGUGAGCUGGAGGUGGCAUUGAGCAAUGGUGGGGCUAGCUCAGAGCCCCCCCUUGAGCCUCCGCUACCUCUUGAGGAGGAGGAGGCCUUUGAGAGUUUCACUUGUCCCCCUGAGCCCCCUGGCCCCUUCCUCAGCAGCCCUUUGAGGACUCUCAACCAGCUGCCAAGCCAGCCUUUCACUGGCCCCUUCAUGGCUGUGCUCUUUGCCAAACUUGAGAAUAUGCUGCAGAACUCCGUCUAUGUCAACUUCCUGCUGACGGGGCUGGUGGCCCAGCUGGCCUGUCACCCCCAGCCCCUGCUCCGCUCUUUCCUGCUCAACACCAACAUGGUCUUCCAGCCCAGUGUCAAGUCCCUGCUGCAGGUGCUGGGCUCUGUGAAGAAUAAGAUCGAGAGCUUUGCCGCCUCCCAGGAGGACUUCCCAGCACUGCUAUCCAAAGCCAAGAAGUACCUCAUUGCCCGUAGCAAGUUGGACUGGGCUGAGGGCCCUGCAGCAGGACCUGCCUCUCGCCGCUCUGAUCCCCUAGUGAAGAGCCGGAGGCCAUCCUUGGGGGAGUUGCUCCUGCGACACGCACACAGUCCAACCAGGGCCCGGCAGGUGGCACAGUUGGUUCUUCAGCCUGGGAGAGACAGCACAGGCCUUGGCCUAGGUGGGGGCUCCCCUGGGGCUUCAACUCCAGUUCUGCCCCCCCGGGGUGGGGCCCCUGAACAUCAAGGUGAGGCUCUGCGAGUCAAGAAUGCCGUCUACUGUGCAGUCAUUUUCCCCGAGUUUCUCAAGGAGUUGGCUGCCAUCUCCCAGGCCCAUGCUGUCACCUCGCCUUUCCUGUUGGAUACUUCAGAGGAGGGCUCUGGCCUUCCCAUCUCAGGCUUCGGGCCCCUCAGUCCUUAACUUUGUUCCAUGGACAAUCAUGGCCUUGAGUGGCCUGGCUGGGGCCUGGGUGCAGGCUCCUUUUUAUGUUUGGAGGUGGUGGCAAGAAGACUUUUUAAUUUAUUUCCGAUGAAUGUUUUAUGGAGAACUUGUUGCAAUAUGUAUAAAAGGGAAAUCUCUAUUCUGUGCUCAUUCUUCUUUCCACCCCUUUUUCUAUGAGGCUGGGGCCCCAAGAAGGUUGUACAUAGGUGGGGAGGUGGUUGGAGUAUUUUCUGUCUGGUGAUGACAUUGAUGCUUAGGUUUCAAGGUGCUUCUUAACCCUUAGAGGGUGAGGGGUCAUGAAGCCUAGGGAAAAAGUAGGGACUCUCCUUCUUUAGACCCCAGAAGGAAGAAACAGUAUGGGCUCAGGAUGGUUUGGGGGAGCAGCAGCUGAUGUUUAUUGGGGAUCAAUCCCUGUGCCAGAAUUUGGGGGUUUUGACCCCUGCAUGUUCUGCCUCAACUUCAGUCGUCGCUGUUGUACUCUGAAGACAGGCCCUGCAGCAGGGGCAGGGACAUGGAGUGCCGGUCAGGGUCCCUAGGACCCACGCCCUGGGCUCCUGGUGGGGAACCGCGGGGGUUGAAGAGCCAGUUCUCUGCCAGGAUUGGGGAUAGUCACAGCUUGACUUGUGCCCUGGUCUGUCUGCUUUCCUGGUCCCUCCCUCUGGUCUUGUGCUAUGCCCACCCAUCACCAGGACCAUGCUUCCAUCUCACCUCCCCCGGCUCUCUCACUCUGACCCCCGCUUAUGGUCCAGUGUGGAGUUGCAGGUGCCCCACACAUUCCUGGGCUAUACUCCCCAUGCCCUCUCCCCCUCCACCUUACCUAUCCCUCUCAUCUUCAUUACCCUUAGCAGUACCUGACAACAUCUGGGACCCCCUUCAGAAGGGGUUUCAGCCUUUGUAGGAGAAUCUGGUGAGUCUGUUCUCUGGCCCUUCCUGGGGAGGUGGUGUUGGUGAGGCUAGGACAGACGGGGGUAUAUCAGCAACUUUGAGGGUAUUGGCUGGGGCUUGAGUUGGGGCCAGAGGUGGCAUGGUGUUGAAGUUGGGUCUAACCCAUUUGGCCCCGUGGGGCAGUGGGUCCUUGGUCAGGGGCUUCUGUGGUCCUACCACUCCUUUGGGCUGCAGUGAAAACUUGAGGCAGGAGAAGGCAAUAGGCAGCGACCAUUGUAACCGGAGCUGCUGGGCCUCAUGGGCUGUAGGUAGCAGCCCUCGCUGCAGCCAGGAACAGGAGAAGACCUGGUAGAUGACAUAGAUGCUGUGGUGCUUCGGAGCCAGGGAAGAGUCUGAUGUAGGCUCACUUGCCCUGGUGGCAGCAGCAGGAAGGUCACCUUCUUGCACAGGCCACCCAUGUGCAGGCGGAUCUGGCGGGGCUGCCCAUCCAACAGUCGCAUUUCUUCAUAGGCUGUCUCUGCUCGGCCAUUUGGUGAGUAUUCCUAAGUGCAGUGGGCACAGGCAAUGUCAGACCCUGUCUGCUCCAGGAGGUUUGGUAGCAGCCCCACUGGUUGUAGCACCCACUGGCCCUGCCAACCUGGUAAAGGUAGGCGGGUGUGGCCUGCGCGGGACUGUUUAACUAGCACACCCAGUAGGUCAUAGCAGGCUGCAUCUGACAGGAAAGGCACUGCCACUACAUUGGGCCCAAAGUGCUCCUUGAUAACCUGCAGGUGGCCAGUUUAUAGGUCAGGGACUGAGUUAGGGAAAGGAGUUACCUGAUAGCCUUCUCUCUGUUGACCCUCCAACUGUUCACUGGUUGAUAGUAUCUCUACAACUGCUCAGACUGUUAGGCCUCUUACUUACCUCCCAGUUCCCUCCUGUAGCAAAACCUUGAAUGUCUCCUAUGUUCCAGACUCUGUUAAAAGACUCAUAAAAUAAUGAAAGUUUGUCCUUGACCUAAUAAUAGGUUGUCCUAAAGAGCUCAGUCUAAUGGAGAGACAAAAAUGUAAACAGUAGUCAGCUCAGUAAGAAAGUAAGGUGUGGAGGAGACAAGAAGUAAUAUAACAGACUUUGUCUUUGACAGGAAAGGAACCAAGAAGGUUUCUAGGUGGUAAUACUUGAGCUUUGAAGGAAUUAGGUAGGAGAAUGGUCAAUCCAGGCAGAGGGUAGAGUCAGUGGAAAAAAUCUAAAUUUACAAACUAAGAUGGGUACAUUCAGGAACAUGUAAUUUCAUAUUGCUUAAAUGUAGUGUAUGAAGAAGGACACAGGAACUAGAUUAUAAAAGAUCUUGAGGGUAGCUAAGUGAUGGGGAAUUUUGUCCUGAGGGCAGUGGGAAGCCACUUGAAGGGCUCUGGCUAGGAGGGGCAGGAUCAGAAAGGCAUUUUUGAAAGCUAAUUUUGAUAGGAAGACAUAAAUAAGGAGAGAGAGAUCAGUUAAGAAUAUUGUAAUACUUCAGGGAGGAUGAGGUGAGGCCUUGAACUAAAAUAGUGGGGGAAGAUACUUAGGUUGUAAAAUUAAUAGAACUUGGUCACUUAAUGGGUAUGGGAAAAGGAAUCCUGAAAGAUUAUUCUUAGGUAAUUGAUUAGAUGGUUGAUGUCAUUAACCAAGAAUGGUUAUUCAAAAGUAGAUUUGGAAUGUCCAUUCUUAAAACUAACUAUAACUCCUUAGUAUAUACACUUCCUGCUGUAGCUGCAGGGCAUAGUUCUUUUAGCUAUUAGAGGCCUCAAAUGCUAGUUCAGUAUGCUUUUAGGGAUUCCAGUUCCUCUUGGUUUUGUCCUUUUCUUGGCCUUUUGGGCUUGGUAACCACUUCUGGAAAGUUAAACAUUGUGACCAACUGGGAAACCCUGUAGAAUUCUCUCUAGUAAUUGUACUUAGGCAUGAUCUCGACUCGUCCAGGAUACUAUUGGGUGAGACUUCUGUUAGGGAGCUCGCAAAAUUCCCUCUUUGGGUCCCUUUCAUCUUUGAGACCUGUUCUUAAAAUGCUGUAUGCUCUGUUCCCCUCCCCAGGCACUAAUCCCCACAUGUGUGAGUCCCUACUGAUGGCAUUGCCCACUCUGCAGGCUUUCUGAUAGAAUUCCCUAGUGGUCCCUUAAGGCUGAUCUGUUUUUGCUACACAAAGCUGUUUGAGAAGUACUGUCCCUUAGCAUAAGAGGAGGGUAGCUAACUGAUGGAGUUCUGUCUGUACUUAGCUUUUUGUCACCUAGCUAGGGAAAUAACCGGUGUUCUUUUUGAUCUGCAUGGAAGAAUUUUACAUCAUUCCUUGUCCUUUGCUUCACUGAGACAUGGAACACUUUCUUUUGGGUGGGGCCUCCCGCUGAAGAACAGAGCUCUAAGAAGGGCCAGUUGGGUUGCAGGGGUGAGAGCAGAGCACUGGUGGGUAGGCAUUUUUGUGUAGAAUGUUUUGCUCCAUGACAAUGAAAGCAUGGUCACCUAGCUUAACUUCAGAAUCCUACUCUAGCUGCUUUUUUGGUGCCUGGGGUCCUAUAUAAAUAAGACAAAUGGGAGUGUGUCCCAUAGAGGUCCCUCUAAUAGGAAUGUGACAUUUAAAAUACCUGGUUCUUAGGGUCCAAAUUUCUGCUCAAAUGUGAAUCUCUGACUUAACUAGAGACUCUUGCCCAGAAUAUAGCAUGAAUUUGCCAUGGGCAUUUAUUAGGUAGCUCCUCUUUAUUAUGCUUGAGAGCCCUGGUGAUUAUCCUAAAAUAGGAAAAAUAAGGCACUCAGGUCUAUGCUAGGGUGACUGUUCUGGUAGAGUCACCAUUUGAAACCACUACCUGUUCCCACUCCACUUUUACUUCUGGGUGAAAGUUCUGUGGAACUUACAGGCCUGCAAAUUUUGAUGUCUUAGGGGCAGCCCAGGAAAUUGAUGGUAUGGAAGAUUAUCUUCCUGGAUAUUCCCUGGCUAGUUUGAAUUCUGAAUUCAAAGCUCUUAAGCCACAUUCUGUUUACCCAGAUGUGUACAAAGUGCCCAAUGAACUGUCAGCAGUUCUAGAGAGGAAUGGUGUCCUCACUCAAUGGUGUCCUUGAAUUUGCCACACACUGCCAGUGGUUUACCCUGCAUGUCUCUACCCUGAGUUUCCUCACAAUUUUUCAUUUAAAUAGGACAGGGAGUUUUUCUGAUACUCAGAGAUGGAGUAGCUUUCUAUCAGGUGAAGACCCCAUUUAAUUUCAACCAAAUUUUUAUUGAUCCAAGCUAAGACCAAGCUUCUACACUGCCGAACCCAGGCCCUCUAGUACUCGGGCUCUCCUGUUUCUGGUUCCCUGGGAAGCUGACCUUUGUGGUUGAGCAGCUGCUCCAUUUUGAAUGGGAUCUACAUGCUAUUAAAGCUGCCUUGAGUUUGAUAGGCAGUACUUUAAGAUGGUUGUUUGAAACUUGGUGGGCUGCCUUCUAUGAAUGCUUUAAGUUCACCCUCCUUCAGAUCAUAGAACCAGAAACUGAUCCCUAAAUUCUCCAACCUCAGAAAUUACUGGCCGUUGAGAUUUGGUGGGAUUUCUUGGAUACUUGGAACUCAGAUCCAGCUGAGAUCUGCCUGCUCCUGGCAAUCUAUUUUUUUUGGCUCAAAACCCAAAUUUCUCAUUCGGGAAGUUUCUCAUUCGUGGAAGUUAAGGCAGAGGGAAUGUCUGUGAAGAGCUCAAAAUAACUCCCAGCUUCUUUGGAAAGUUUAAAAGGUCUUUCAUGAUUAGCCCCUGUAUCUCUGACCUCAUUCUCACUACUGCUCUUGGAACUCUGCUCUGGAGGACUAUUUAUAGUUCACAAACAGCUGUCUUUCUUUUUCUCCUCCUGGAUUUUGCAUGUGUUCUACCUUUAAUUUGUAUACUGUUCAUUCACCCAACCCACCUACCUACCACUCAUGAUCUCAUUCAGGUGUUUAUUAUGCACCAUUUAUGAAUCAGGUAUUCCUCUACCCUCUAUGUGUGAAUAACUCCUACUAGUCUAGCUAGAGGUCAGUGUCUCCAGGGAAUCUUCCUGACCUAAGUCCUACCUCUGACUGUGCACACCUCUUUACUUUUACAGCUCCCUGUUGCUUUUCAAGGGAACUUGAUGUCUUUGAGAUUGUGACUAAGUUGGACAGUGUGUGCAGAGCAGUCAGUGCAGUGCCUUGCAGGUGAGCUCUAAGUAAAGUUAGUUAUUCUUGCCUUCAGGCUUCCGCCCCUCUGCCCAUGAGCUUAUCAGACCCAGCGAGGUCACACUUCUGUUACUUCCUUCUUAGCCCUCUUACACUAUCUACCUUAUGCUUGAUGAGCAUCCAGGUGGUAUCAACUUCAUCCAGUGUUAGCAGGUGGGGGAUACCAUCCAACAUGGUGAGGUGUGAGAGGGGUCAGGCAGGGCAGUGGCUGCUGCAGGAACCCUGAGCUGCCCAGAGAACUAAAGCCCAGGCCUUAGGCUGUGACCUGCUGCAGCAUGAGGUCAUAGAGGUUCUGCUGGCUGAGGGGUCCUUGGGUGGGGAGAGGGCAGGCAUUUCCUUAGCUUCACUCCAGUCCGUGGUCUUGCAUCACCUAUUAUUCUGCUUUAGGGGAGGAAAAUGCAGGUAUUCAUCAGGGUGAGUGUGUGAGGGUGUGUGUAGUUCUUGGUCUGAGUUCUUUAAGGAAACAGGAUUAGGCCUCUCCUCCCUUCAGCAGCCUUCUUUAAGCAAUUUGCUCUGCUAUCUUGUAAGCUGCAGAUGGCUUCGUGAACUUGGAUCAGGGUCCUGAAGGACAUACAGGAGAAGUAUAGAUCAGGACUUAAACUGAGAACCAAGCAGGUGUUCUCAACCUUGGGUAUACUUAGGAAUUACCUGGGAGCUUUAAAAAUUAGUGAUGCCUAAAUCCUGCCCCCAGAGGUUCUGAUUUAAUCCGUCAGGAGUGUGUCUAGAUACCAGGAUUUCUAAAAGCCCCUCAGGCAAUUCUAAUGUGCAGCCUAGGUUGAAACCCAUUGUUAGUGAGUGGGUUACACUUGGAGUGAAAGCCAGGUGUGUGUGUAGGAGGGUGCCCUGCUGAGGUGACAACAUGGAGGAUGAGAAUGUAAUUGGGAUAGUGCUGCCUAGUAACUAGAAAGCACUUUCAGGAAGCCAGAAUAUCCAGGUAAAUUUGAGGAAAUUUGUCUUCAUGCUUCACUCCCUGUCCUAGGCUGAUCUGUGAUCUAGUAAGUACUCUCCUAGUGUAGCACUAGUCUGUAGGAUUUCCCCUGAAUCUCUGUCCAGAGAUCUCAACCUGGUGUUUUGCAGAAGAAGAGCGUUUUUUCCCCAGAGAAGAACCACUCUAGAGAGCUUUUCCAAUAGCUGCUCUUCUACUCCAUCUCUGAUCUAUCUAAAUAGUCUUUCAUUGAGUCCCUCUAGAAUAUCUCCCAUGUGCCCAGGAAGCCUCUUUUGGGGUGGGGAACAACCUUCCCUAACCCAGCCCAGCAGGUAUAGCUAUCUCACAAAGGGCCAUUGUCUGAGCUGGGAGGGAUAGCAUAAGUAUGGGGUACAGGGAAGGGUCCUACAGAAGAGAGUGUUGCUAAGAAGAGUUCCUAAAGGAUAUGUAACUGGCCUCAGCAGAGGGCAGAUCUCCUUAGACAGAGCUAAGGGUAUGGGUGCCAGGUCUUUGAGCAAAGGGGCCUGUGUUCUAGAAGGGGAAUUAAUAUCAAAUAUAUGUUGAACUCUUAUGUGUUAGCGGCUGUGACAAACACUUUGAAUGCAUUAUCUUACUACCUUUAGUAACCUCUUGAAGUACUAUUAUUUCCCCAUUUUACAAGUGAAUUAACAGGCUCAGGGAGAUUAAAUAAAUUGUUGCAAGGCUUACAGUGAGUCAGUGGAGGAUCUGGGAUUCAAAGCCAGGUCUGCCUGUUUCCAGCUUGAACCACUAAACUGUGGUUAGCAAGGGGGGACAUCCUUCUGCUCGCCUGCGUGUGUGGUAUGAGAGGCGUGUGCUAGAUGCAAGUGCAGAGUGGUGUGGGGAGGAAAUAGGCAGGAGAAGGGGAGUGCUGCAAGAGAGCAAACCAGAAACCCCAACCUUCUUGCUAAGACAAGUGCAACCAAGUCUAUUCCUCUUAAUGUCCCUUCAUCACAUUUUUUUAUGGUGGUUGACAAGGAGAGGUCACCUGGUGUAGUGUAUAGUUGGCCCCUCUCUUCCCUCCAGAGAGGAACUCUGAGAUGACAGGGAGAGAAGAGAGACAUGCACAAGGAAGGACAAGAGACCACAGACAUGGGACGAAACUGGCAGUACAGGGAGACAGAGCUGCAGAGGCGCAGAGGCAGAGUUAUUGACAAGCAGGCAGAGAACGAUGCACGUCCUAUCCUGAGGAGCUUCCAGAGUUGGGGGGUGAGGGUUGAUGGGCUUUUGGUGUAGCUGGGUGAUGAUCUUGUUUGGGUUUUGUUUGUAAAGGGAACUCAGAUGGGAAAUGGGUUCCUGAUGGGCUCUUCAGCCAGAAGCCCCUACCUUCUGUCUUCUCCCUUUUGCUGCCUGAUUAUCAUGAUUCUCUAGGCUCCCUGAAUUCCACCCUGCCAUAUCCUGACAUUAGGUAAGCUUGUCUUUCCCUUGGGUCACAGAGUCUGAGACUGAAAGUUGCUGAAGGAAAACAGAUGACAACUGAGUUCUGGAUGGAGCUGAUGAGCCCCAGGGCUGGGCUGAUGGGCCCAUAUCCUGCUCGUGGGGUUUACUUUCAGUGUUGCAUGUUCUGGGGUGUCCCUGGGAAAAAAAGACAUAGAUUAUCUGCAGCAUGUGAGGGGUGACCAGAGGGGAGAGUAUGAAGGGAAUAAUCAGGUGGGGGCUGAUGACCCAGAGAACAUGAGGUUCUCUGCAGGGUCUCUAGAUCAGUACAGAAUAGUGUUGAUAGCAAAGACUUCAGUGAUAGAAAGUCCAAACAAGUCUCUAUUUCUCUCAGGCUAUGGGGAUAAUCAUUCAAGGUUCCUAAUUUGGAACCGUUUGGGACAGAUGUGUUUUGUAAUUCAGAAUUUUUCAAUUUUAGGAAGGGAAUAUAGUGCCUUUAUCAUGUAUAAAGGAAUACCCCAGUGAGAUUCAGUGCCCUACAGUCACACACAUGAGUAUUUCUGCAUUCUAUGAAUAUUCACACCAAGAUAAAUAAAUACUAUCAAUAUAAUUGUGAUGUUUCAGGUCAGGUUUUGGGCCAAAAUGAUGAAAAAACUUAUUUCUUCAGAGAUGUUUUUUAUUUUGGGUUAUGGGCUUACAAGUGUUCUCAGGUUGUGUGGAGUAAAGCCGAUAAAGCCUUCUGAACACAUCACAUGGUCAGUACGUCUACAGUCUCAAUCCUAAACAAUACAGAUGUCCAAGGGGGUGGGUUUUGGCUUGAAGAAAGAAAUGUCUUAGAUGAACAGUGUACAGCUUUGCUAUCAGCUGCCUUGGGGAGUUGUGCACAACAGGGAGCGAAGAUGCCUUAGAAGAGAGGCUUCCUAUGGUGGGAUGGUGACAACUCAUUGCUUAUGAACAUUGGCAGCAUAGGAUUUCCCUUUUUGUGUACCAGAGGGGAAUGACAAAAACAGUGUGUAUGGGUGUGUAUGUGUGACAGGACUGUCACAUAUGCCUUUCUUUAUAAUAAAGUUGUAAUAAAUAUCUUACUGCAUA